CGUCACGCAUGGCCACCUCGACGCGUCUCGAGCCAGAGGAUUUAACAAUGGACACAACGGAAGAGGAUAUUGCACUGAAUUUGUUGGAAGAGGACGAGGAGGAGGAGCAGGUGGUGGAGGACCACCCUGCGCGAGAGCGGAGCAUUGACGUUGACGCAGAAGAGGACGAGGAUGCGGAGAUGAUUGAGGAUCCCCGGAACCCAGAAGACGACCCUUGGCAAAAGUAUUUCACUCGCAGCUCGACACUCUUCCCGUGGACCGUCGCCGUACGCGAACAAAUCGAGACGCGGCGCGCGAAACUAUCCGACUGUCUGUUAUUCGACUCUCUGCUUCGCUUGGGUAGAAUAUCCGACCCCGCCUCGCUUUAUCCGCCAGCCGACACAGAGGGUCUGCGGCGGCUCGUGAACGCCAUACGUAACUGCUCGUGGGACAGGCUCAAGCGGGAUUGUCUACUCUACUAUCUGUUGCUGUUCUACCAGGACACGCGAGCAGAUGAGUUCGCGUACGAGAGAGUGGUCCCGCCACCGUUUCUGGGUGUUGCGUCGGCGUACUGGUGCUUGGACAAUACUACGGACAUUCCAAGGGCAAUCAGCUACCUUUCGGAUGCCCGUGUACAAAGGAACGACGUGUCCAAGAUCAUGGAAGCCCUUAGUCUUGAAUCCAAGGCCAACUCAUACAUCCGGCAAUAUGUCCGCACAGUACGACCACACCUCAUGGCGCCAAAGGACAUCAACAUUUAUGUGAUUGCUCUCGCGGAUUCGAGUCUUUUGGAGGCAUGGCAGUACCAGAGAAGUUUCUUGUCGCAGAGCGAGAUGCGGGACACGAUGAUUCGGAAAAUCCUACAGUGGAUGCUCACCCCCGAGCCCCGCCCCGUCCCUCUGACGCAGCUGUUAUCAUUCCCGUUAAAUAGCUUCGAAGAAGCUAUCCUCCAAGACUUCUGCCUCCGCCCACCGGAUAGUGUGCCUGCAAAGUCAAUACCCAUCAUCCAGGACCUCAUAUGCGUACGACUUGUCCGUGCGGGGAACUACGCCACCGCCAUCAAGCUGGAUCGCCAAUUCUCAGCGGGGGUUCUGGGACACCACGUGGAAGGCGACAGCGUCGCUCAGAAAAUGGCGCGCGAGCGCAGAAAAAUGCUCGACGAACUGCUGUCCCUAAUGCCAGAGAUUGAGCGACAAAUACUGGAAGAAGAGCUCGAGGCACUGUCCCUGGGCAAGGGUAAGUCUGCGAACGGCGAUGCGACUAGUCGCCGGAAGUCCCGGAAGUCCACUACAACUAUUACCCCGGAAAAUUUGGGCCGUAAUGAUAACCUGUUCGUCCCGACAAAGCCGGCAGAACGCCGCACUAUCUGGGACAACCUGAAACUGCCCCCCGCGCCCCCACCGAUCCCCUUGUCGAGACCUACGGCCGUGGCUGAAGCCGGUCCGUCUGGCAUGAAAUAUGGGAAUGGUCUUUUUGGACUUGGGAAGCCCAACUCGCCAAUGGUGCUCCCAGGGAAUUCAUUAUUCAAUAAGACGGGGAGCGCUAAUAAAGCACCUAACGCAUUCUACGAUCCGUCGAAGAGACGACCAUUGAAGAGGUCGCCCGAGCGCAGGUACACCCCCAGGAAUCUGGACCGUCCUCCUACACCACCCUCCCUGGCGCUGCCGAAGGAUCUCCCUGCUGAAAAUACAGCAGAAGAGCAGACCAACGGUCAGCUACCUCUACCCGCCACAGAACCUUCCCAAAAUGACAAAGACGUUGCGAUGGUCUCAGCAUCCGACAUUGCGAAUGAGCAGUCGGCACCUGUUCAACAGGAAGAACCCCCGGCAAAUGAGUUCUCGGCGUCCAUCUUCGCACCAUCUCGUCCGAGCACGUCGGAUUCGCUCUCAGCGUCGCUCGCCAGUUCUCGGGGGUCCCCGAAGCGCGCCGACAAAUCUCUCUCUGAGUCCCAAAGAAGGGCUUUGCCUGGAGCAUUCGAUCCCGAUGAGACUAUUGACACGCCGUCCCCCGAACCGGAGCCUAGCCCAGAACAGCUAUUCUUCCGCUCCAGCCAUGGUUCAGAGCAAAGCCACGCCAGUGCAGCGGCUAUGUUCAAUGGAGCACGCAGUCCCAGUCCUUCUCCUCCUGUCUCCCCGACGCCUCCCCCCAGCAAACGUACUCGCGGUCGGAAUACCGACCACAAUCCCACUCCUACCAAGCGACAGAAAGAAGAGGCGGACCUCAGCCGCAGUAUACCUGGUUCGUACACCCUGGAGGAGCUCGAAGACGAUGUCCCGCCGCUGCCUGCGUCGCCCAGGAAGCCCUCACGAAAGGGACGGUCUUCGAGGGCGAGCAGCGAUGAGGAUGAGUCAUCAUUCCGGCCGAGACGCUCGACCAGGCUGUCGGCUGCAUCAUCAGUGGGUUCGAUUACAUCUCCGGAUGUACAACGGCAAAAAGGACGUGCAAAUAUGCAAGCCGCAACAAACGGUAGCAGGACGAGAAGAAAGCGGUGAUGCGCUGGAGGUUCCUGUGACGUCCGCUUGGUGUAACCUCAGUAUAUAACGUUUGUCUGGUACAUCAUCAACUGUUUGUGCGAACGUCUGAAUUGUUGUGGUUCAUUAUAACACGUAACAUUAUUUCGUUUUAUCGUUGGUGUCUAAUCCGGACGUCGCGGACUGUUGGGUACAAUGGCCCAUAUCGCGAUCAUACAUCCCAUCAUCGCAACCAACCUG